UCCAUUCCUCGUCCAACUGGUACCUGAGGGAAAGAGAGAGUCUCCACCAAAUGCUCGGCCGGUCACCGUCUCCGCAGCUUUUACUAUACACGCAGGGAUUAUAAACUAUUUUCAAAAAAAUUAUUCGGACCGAAGAUGAGUCUUUAUGAUUCCCAGAGGGGACUUAGUGUCAACCGCAGAGCCGGGUCCAGGCCUGACUUGAGCGGGGGAAAUGUACAGUAUGUUCGGACCGAAUUGCACGGUGGUAAUGGCUAUGGACAAGAGUACAUAGAAGGGGGAGGAUAUGACUACGGCACCUUGAAGAUGUCAAUGGGAGCUGGUGCAGGAGGACAGGGUCAGUCCCUCCGUCAGCAGGCCUUCAUCCUGCAGGGUCAGUGUCAGGACUACCUGAGGAAAGCAGAACACUGCCUUCAGACUGGCGGCGACUCAGAACGUUUCAUGCCCAUGGCUAAAGAGACCAUUGAACAGAUGAAGGCAUGUGCAGUGGAACUGAGGCAGAUGGGGCAACCAAACGACGGUGUGAUCAGAAGUGUGGAUAUGUGUAUGGACCAGUUCAAACGAGUCCACAUGGCCAUAAACGGAACCAUGCAGAGGCGGAGCCGGGGGACCAGAGGGAGCCGUGGGAGUGGUGCCUGGGAGGAAGCUGGGAGGAGCUUCAGUGACGCCAUUGGCUGGAUUCGACAGCAGAAGCGUCUCAUAGAGACCUCUCCCUGGGGUGACAACUCUGCGGCCAUCGAGCAGCAGCUGAUUAGCCACAGCAAGUUCCACAACUCCAUACAGAGAAGCCCUGAGGUGGAACUGGCCAGGGAUGAACUGAUCAAGAAAGGAGACAAGGCUAACCAGCACGCUCUGGAUCAGGAAUGGGACUCACUGCAGAAAAUGUCUCAUGGCCGUAGCAGCCAGCUGAGAGACCUGCAGCAGAUCAUUGAGGAGAUCAGCAGGGAGAUCAUGUGGGUGAACGAGAGAGAGGAGGAGGAGCUGGUCUUCGACUGGGGAGACAAGAACAUUGACCUCUACGUCCCCAAGAAGCAGGAGAGCUACUCGAAACUGAUGAGCGCCCUGGAGGAGAAGGAGAAGGACCUGAAUAAACUGAAGCUGAAAGUGGAAAGCCUUCUAAACAACAACCACCCUGCCUCUGACAAAAUCGAGGCGUACAUGGACACUCUGCAGACCCAGUGGAGCUGGCUGCUCCAGAUCACCAAGUGCAUCCACGUCCACCUGAAGGAGAAUUCCGCCUACAGCCAGUUCUUCAAGGAGGCCAACGAGACAUACGGUAAGCUGCAAAAGCAGCGGGACUACAUCAGUAAGACGUUCACCAGUGACAGGAACACGCCACUGGACAACCUACUGGAACGUCUCAAGGCCUUGGAGAUGGAGAAGGAGAGAAUCAUGGAGAACAAGCGGCAGGUGCAGCACCUGGUCAGCAUGUCCAAAAACAUUGUGAGGCUCAAACCGCGCAAUCCGGAGGAAAAGCCCAGCAGCUCGGUUAUAGUACAAGCCCUUUGCGACUUCAGACAAGACCAGAAGGUGAUUCUGAAGGGCAACGAGGCCAUCCUCAAGGACAACUCACAGCGCAGUAAGUGGCAGGUGGCAGGACCAGGAGGACUGGACAUGCUGGUGCCUUCUGUAUGCUUGCUGGUGCCCCCGCCCAACACCCUGGGCGUCAACCUGGCCAAUAAGAUUGAGCAGUUCUAUGAGGCCAUCCUGUCUAUAUGGAACCAGCUCUACAUCAACAUCAAGAGCCUCAUCUCCUGGCAGUACUGUGUCCAGGACAUCACGCGUAUCAACUCGCUCACCAUCAGCAUGCUGUCCCGCAUGCGUCCUGAGGAGUACCGCAGCAUCCUGAAGAGCCUGGAGACACACUACUCAGAGUUCCUCCAGAGUAGCCAAGGCUCUGAGAUGUUUAAGGAUGAGGACAAGAGGAGCAUGGAGAGCCAGUACUCUGGAGCCCAGUCCCACUAUGACCAGCUGGUGGUCCAGCUACCUUCUUAUGUUAACCAACAGACCAUCAGCGAGAAGCAGGUGCAGGUACAGGUUCAGGAGACCAGGACCCAGGCAGCCCCGCCAGUGGAGGUCAACAGGCUCGAGCAGGCCAGCAAGAUGGAGGAGGUCAACAUAGUGCCGGCCAAGAGAGACGAGGUGAAACAGGAAGUGGUGAAGAAGAAGGUGGUUAAGAAGAAGGUGCAGGAGGUGACAUCACAGAGCCUGACAGAGCUGAACACGCUUAGACUAAGGCUGGAGGCGGCGGAGGCAGGGCUUACUCAGCACAUCCACAUCUGCCUGGGAGAGGACCGGGUGAAUGACUGUGGCCUGAGGAUCACACAGCUAGAGUCUGUACAGCGUGAUGUGGAAUCCAUCCGGGAGGAGUACCUGCGUCUGAGGGGGAUUGUUCUGAAGGAGCUGGAGGGCAUGACUGACUCCGAUAAAGCCACGUUCCUACGCAGCCAGCUCAGCCUCAUUGAUGAGAGACUGGGCGGUCUGGAAGGUUGCUCUGAAGCCUACCUACAGAGGCUGUGGGCUCUAAGGGCCCUCCUGGAAAGUGUGUCCAGGGCUGAGGACACUGUUAAGGUCUAUGAGGCCAGACUGACAGAGAAGGAGACCACAUCCCUUGAUCCAGCAGAGGUGGAGGACUAUAUGUCCACUCUGAAGAGUAUGAGGGCGGAGCUGGAGGGAAAGAGGAACAUCCUGGUCUCCAUGGAGACCGAUCUAGGGAAGGCAGUCGACUGGAACAGCAGGGUUAGCGGGUCCUUCCACAGGUGUGAUGUGGACCUGUCUAGAUACAGUGACCAGGUCAACCAGCUAACGGAUCGCUGGAGACGCACCCAGAGCCAGAUAGACUCUAGACUGAAGGACCUGGAUGGGUACAGGGGGAAGCUUCAGCAGUACCACGCUACCAGCUCUGUCCUCAGCGACUGGAUCGGUGCUACGCGCCAGAAACAGGAUGCACUGCAGACCACCAAGAUUGACAGCCUCACAGCCUUGGAUGAACACAUCAACAAGCAAAAGGCGCUGAACUCUGAGAUCAAAGGGAAGAGGGAGACUGUGGAGGACGUUCUGAGAGACAACGAUACCUGCGUCAACUCCAUCAAGGACUAUGAGCUAGAACUGACCUCGUACAGUGCAGGUCUAGAGACUCUACUAAACAUCCCUUUGAAGAGGACCAUACUGCAGUCCCCUUCUACUCAGCUCACGGAAGAGGCUACGUCGCUGCAGACCCGUUACAUAGAGCUUCUCACACUGUCUGGUGACUACUACAAAUACCUUGGAGAACUACACCAGAACAUGGAGGAGUUGAAGAUGCGUAACACAAAGAUUGAACUCUUGGAGGAGGAGCUACGGCUUCUCAAAGGGGACAUGAAGGACCGCAUCGCUAAGAACAGUUCUCUGGAGGAGGCCUUAGCUCGUUACCAGCUGGAGCUGUCCCAGUCCCAGGAGCAACUCAGCUCUGUGGAGGAGGUGAAGAGGAGCACCGCUCUACAGUGCAGCGCUACCCAGGACUCCCUGGCUUCCACACACGACGAACUGAAGGAGCUGCAGGAGCAGGUGGCCCGUCUCACCUCACUCCUCGAGGAGGAGAAGAGGAAGAGAAGGCUGGUGGAGGAGCGCUACACGGAACAGCAGGAGGAGAACGAGCAAGUGCUCAGGAGGAGGCAGAAGGAGCUAGAGGAGGCCAACUGGGCCAAGAUGGAGGUGGAGAAAAACGUGUCGGAUCGGGAGAGGGAGGCAGAGAGGCUGCGGAGGCAGUUGGACGAGGAGAUGCGACGCAGCAGGGAGAUGGAGCAGGAGCUAUCUAAGGUAAGGAGUCAGUGCAGUGUGGAGAUCAGUAACCUUAAGCUCAACUACGAAUCCCAGAUGGCCAUCUGCAAGACGGACAUUCAGCACCUGUCUGCCCAGAGGGAGGAGGUGGACCAGGGGCUCAGGCAGCAGUGUGACAACCUAGAGGCUGAGAGGAGAGACCAGGAGGAUCAGCUCAGGAGGCUUAAGGUUUCUCUGAGCCAGUCGGAGGACCAGAGGAGGAAGGCAGAAGAGGAGGUGCAUGCUCAGAGAUCUGUGGUGACAGAGGAGACGCGGAGGAGGCGGGAGCUGGAGGCACAGGUGGAGAUGUUAGAGCGGCAGAGGGGGGAGAACAACAGUCAGUAUAGAAAGGAUGUGUCAGAGCUCAACAAGGCCCUGGAGGAGAGGAGCAGCCAGCUUGUUCUCUUCACACACAGCCUGGAAGAGGAGCAGAGGAUGAGAAGAGCCCUGGAUGAGGAGAGGACCAAACUGAUGAUGCACCUGGAGGAGAUUCAGGCCAACCAGGCCUCCUCAUCCCAGAUGUUGACCCGGAUGAGGGAGGCUGAGGAGGAGCUAGAUAGGAUCCGUACCGAGAUUAGGAAGGAGAGCACUGAGAAGAACAAGGCGGAGCAGAGUGUAGCCAGGUUACAGGGACGUGUCAGGGAGCUACAGGCUACUGUUGAUAGGCUAGACGGAGAGGCAGAAGUCUUGAGGAGAACCAACCAAGAGGAGGUGAAUAAGAGGACACAAGCAGAGACAGAGAACCAGAAAAUCACCCACACCAUGCAAGAGUACACCAACACUAUCAGCACCUUACGCCGGAGUCUAGAGGAGGCCCAAACCAAGGCGAGGAGAAUAGAUGAGGAGCACAGGAAACUCCAGGUAGAGCUAGAGUCAAGGUUGAAGGAAUUCAAAGACUCCACAGAGCGCCAGGCCUCCCUGAGCUCUGAGCUGAAGUCUCUCCAACAGCAGCUCCUCCAGGAACAGGCUAAGGUUCGCGAGGCUAAUCUCCGUAACGAAGGACUCUACAAGACAAUUGAGGAGAAGAGUUUAAUGCUCAACGAGUGCUCAGCAGAACUCAGUCGUCUCCAGACCUUGACUCAGACCCUGACCAAGGAGACACUAAAGCUCGCAGAGGAGUUGAGGGGGGUGAAAAAUGAGAGAGAUGAGCUGCUUAGAAACAGACAGAGGGCUGAUGAUGACCUGGUGUCCCAGAUCACGGCCCUAGAACUUCAGUUGAAGAGCAACUCAAGGAACAGCAUAGAGACCCAGAGGCUGGUGGCAGAACUCUCCACUGAGAGGGAGAAACUCAGGAUGGAGAUAGAGUUAAUCCAGAGGCAGGCCAUGGAGUCCUCCUCUCUGAUCCAGUCAACCCAGACACAGUACAGUGAGAUGGUGAUGGAGAGAGAUGCUCUGUUAUUGAAGCUGCAGCAGACAGACCAGGACAGAAGCAGAUCCCAGAACCUGGAGGAAGAACUAAACCGCAUCAAACUCUCUUUGGAGUCUGAAUUACGCCUCAAACUUCGUCUGCAGGAAGAGAAUGACAAGGUCAAAAAGGACCUCCAGUACUGGAAGGUCCAGUAUGAGUCUAAAGAGAAUGCAACAGUGCAGGUCAACUCAGAGAAGGACAAGCUGGAGAGGGAGAGGAGCUCUCUGAAGAUUGAGAUUGAGCGGUUGAUGAAAGAGCUGAAGGAGGUGGAGGAUAUGUAUAACAGCAGGUUGCAUACUACUCAGAACCAGCUUUCUGAACUCAAUUCCUUCAGAGAAACCCUGGAGGCAGAGUUGAGGAAACACAAAGCGCGGCCCAGUACCUUCACCAUACAGACCCAGACGGAUGAGAUCGAGAAGAAAGAUCUGGAUCCUGACACUUUGGUCUUCAACAGUAUCCGCAAGACUGUAACAGCAAAGCAGCUGCUGGAUUGUGGGGUCAUUGGCAAGCUAACCUAUAGUCAGUUGCUUAAGGGUCAGAAGACGGUCAGCGACGUAUCGGUGGACAUCAAACUAAACUUGAAGGGAACUGGGGCCAUCGCUGGUGUGGCUACGGGCCCUCAAGGUAAAAUGUCCCUUACAGAGGCAAAGAAAGACAACAUCCUCUCUAAAGACAGUGCCAUCUUGCUGUUGGAGGCCCAAGCAGCCACAGGUCACAUAGUGGAUCCCAGAGCUAAUGAGAAGAUGACAGUUGAGGAGGCAUGCAAAAGAGGAGUGGUAGACAAGGAGGACAGAGAGAGGCUGUUGGCUGCAGAGGCUGCAUGUCUUGGUUAUAGGGACCCCAAAACUACCAAGACCCUUUCAGUAGGCCAGGCCAUGAGGAAGGGCCUAAUCGAUAGAGACACGGCUCUCCGAAUGCUCCAGGCACAGGAGUCAGUAGGAGGAAUCAUAGAUCCGGUCCUCAGUGUGUUCCUUACUAAAGAUGCAGCUAAGGACCGGGACCUAAUUGACGAGGACCUCUACCGCGCCUUGAACCAGCAACCUGAGUGUUACCUGGACCCAGACACACAGAUGGAAGCCAGCUACGUCUCCCUGAAGAGGAGAUGCAAGGUCGAACCCACCACGGGUCUCCUGCUUCUCCCUGCCCCAGACAAGCCUGUGACAGUAAAGGGUCUCAGAGGAGAGGUGUCUGUUAUGGACCUUGUGGAUGCCAACCUCUUGGAGAAAUCAGACAUGGAACAACUGAAGAAUGGCAAACUUAGCAGCCAGGAUAUUGAGGACCGGUUGAGGUCGUACCUCCGUGGCUCCACCUGCAUUGCAGGGGUCUAUGACGAGGCCAACGACAAGACCCUGUCCAUCUACCAGGCAAUGAAGGAAGGGUUGCUGAGGCCAGGUACCACCCUGGAGCUGCUCGAAGCCCAAGCUGCCUCCGGAUUCAUGAUUGACCCAGUCAACAACCUCUGUCUCACCGUAGCUGAUGCCUACAAAAGGGGCCUGGCGGGGCCGGAGUUCAAAGACAAACUCUUGUCUGCAGAGAGGGCUGUCACUGGGUAUAAAGACCCAGGAACUGACAAGGUAAUCUCCCUGUUCCAGGCCAUAGAGAAGGGGCUGAUUGAGAAAGGACAUGGGAUACGUCUGCUGGAGGCUCAGAUUGCCAGUGGGGGCAUAAUAGACCCCUGGCACAGCCACCGCAUUGAGGUGGACACUGCCUAUAAAAAGGGUUACUUCGGUAAAGAGAUGAACCAGAUCCUGAUGGAUGAAGGGGACGACACUAAGGGCUUCUUCGAUCCCAACAACCAGGACCACCUGACCUAUCUCCAGCUCAAGAAACGCUGCAUCAUAGACAAGAAGACUGGCCUGGUUCUCCUCCCCAUCAAGGACAAGAACAAGCAGCUGUCGCAGCCAGACACUCAGAAGAACACUCUAAGGAAGAGAAGGGUUGUCAUUGUAGAUCCAGAUACCAAAAAGGAGAUGUCAGUGACAGAAGCCUACAGCAAGGGCCUUAUUGACCAUGAGACAUUCCUGGAGCUGUCACAACAGGAGUGUGAAUGGGAAGAGAUCACUAUCACCUCCAACGAUGGAUCCACAAGAUUGGUUAUCAUCGACAAGAAGGCAGGGAUCCAGUAUGACAUCCGAGAGCUGCUGGAGAAAAAGGUGAUCGACCAAUCUGUGUACGACCAGUAUCGAUCUCAGACCAUUACUCUCAGUCAGUUUGCUGACAUGAUCACCAGUAAAACCAAAACAGUCCAAUCCCCUGUCUCAUCCUCAGUGUCACCAUCCACAGCCAAAGUAUCAUCAACAUCCUCAUCCUCUUUUUCAUCAUCAACCACCAACUCUAAUCGGAUCACUUCCAAUUCAGCUACCUCCGUCAAGGCUCAGAAAACAAGCUCCAUCAUCGGCGGUUCCACCAAUGGAAGCACAGCCCCCGGCAGCUCAACUACUGAUGGCUCCGUAGGCGGCUCCUCCACAAUCUUUAGAACUAACAUCAGCAGCUCCGCUAGCCAGCCUGACAACACUUUCUCUCCUAGCUACCAGAAGCAUAUUACCAGUGUCUCCGUCUCCCUCACUGGACCCGCUGAAUCUGUGAUCUUCGAAGAGGAGCUAAGCCCUGUGGGCGCCAUAUUUGACAUGGAAGCGCUGGAGAAGAUCUCCAUUUCAGAGGCCCACAAACGUGGCCUGGUGGACAGCAUUUCAGCCCAAAGACUACUGGAGGCACAGGCCUGCACUGGAGGCAUUGUAAACCCUUCUGAUGGCCGGCGCCUGUCCAUCCAGGAGGCCUCCCGUCAGGGGAUCAUUGAGAACGAUAUGGCUACCAGGCUGAAGCCUGCUCAGAAGGCCUACAUCGGGUUUGAAGACAUCAAGUCUAAACGCAAAAUGUCUGCUGCCGAGGCCAUGAAGGAAAAGUGGCUACCAUACGAGGCAGGCCAUCGCUUUUUGGAGUUCCAGUUUGUCACUGGAGGCCUCUACGACCCAGAGCUGGAACGCAGGAGGACCAUUGAGGAGGCUCUGAAAGAGGGUUGGCUGGAUGGAAGGGGGGCCCAGAAGCUGCAGGACAUGAGGCACCAUAGCAAGACCCUGACCUGUCCCAAGACCAAGCUGAAGAUCUCUUAUAAAGAAGCGCUUGAUAACUGCUUAGUAGAGGAGAAUACUGGGGUCAAGAUGCUUCAGGCUGCAUCCACCUCCUCCAGAGGGAUCAGUAGUCCGUACAACUUCUCUGCUCCUGGGUCCUCCUCGGGCUCCAGGACUGGGUCAAGGACUGGCUCCCGGAGAGGAAGUGUGGACCUGGGAUCAUCCAGCUCCCCCGGCAGAUUCAGCAUUGUCAGUAGCUCCACCUACAGCCGCACCUCCUUCAGCUCCAGCUCUACAUCAUAGGGUGAUAAGUGAGAACAAGGGAAAACUAUUAACUUAGUUUUUGACCUAAGCUCUGCAAGUUUUCAUAUUUCUUUUAAGCUUCAGUUAUGAAAUGAAAACCUACUUAUUGGUCAGUUAGAAAUGUGCCUGUCUUAGAAAAAGGUUCCCAUAAUUUGAUGUUUUGUUAGGUUUAAAGUGACAGUAGACAAAAAUGAAAUACAAAUUCCUGAGUAUUUGAAUCACUAUAGUAUAAAGUGUUUGAAUUGGAAGAAAAUAAAUGUAAAUUGUGCUUUGUUCUUAAAGGAAGAUGCAAACACUUAUUUUUUCCCAAACAAUAUUGUACUAGGGUAUGGAUUUAUUUUGAUGACAUUUAAAAUAAGCAACAAUAUUUCAUUGAAUAUGGGAUUGGAGCGGGUUAGUCUUUUAUUUGUGAGAACAUUAAAGUGUGGUAUUUCAUAAUUCAUAUUUCUUGCAUGGGAUGAAAGCUGUCAUAACAUUGUUAAUGCUGUUAGUGAAAUAUGGGUCUGUUUUCUUUUAACACACUUCUUUAACGCAACUAUUUUUCUAUUUCUCAAAAUAAAAUGUUACAUCAUUGCA